UAGCAGUGGCAGAGAGUCGGAGCUUGGCAGGUUCAAGUCCCGAUGGCGGGACAUGUGCCUUGCAGGUCAGGCAGCAACAGGAGCUACGCGUGUGAGGGCGCUUGCCUAGAGCUCCCAGGCUGGGGGGGGCUACCUGAAGGUGAGGGCGAGGUGCAGCAACAUCCAUCCAUCCAUCAGCCUUAGUUCCAACUGUUGGACUUGCCAUAAAACCCCAAACCACACGAUUGUUCCCGACAAGCGCCUGAAAGAGGCCAAUCGUUGCCGUCACCGCCAUCACUCCUCCCCGCUUCCAACUCCAACAGUAAACAACUGCCAUCAUGUCCAGAAGAUACGAUUCCCGAACAACCAUCUUCUCCCCCGACGGUCGCCUGUACCAGGUCGAAUAUGCCCUCGAAGCUAUUUCUCACGCCGGCACAGCCAUUGGCAUCCUGGCCAAGGAUGGCAUCGUCCUCGCUGCUGAGCGCAAGGUCACCUCCAAGCUGCUCGAACAGGACACUUCGGCUGAGAAGCUCUACAUUCUCAAUGACAACAUGAUUUGCGCCGUCGCCGGCAUGACCGCCGACGCCAACAUCCUCAUCAACUACGCCCGACAAGCCGCCCAACGCUAUCUCCUUACAUACAACGAAGACAUUCCCUGCGAACAGCUCGUCCGUCGUCUCUGCGAUCUCAAGCAAGGUUAUACACAACACGGUGGUCUCCGGCCCUUUGGCGUUUCCUUCAUCUACGCCGGUUGGGAUCCCCAGCGCCAGUUUCAGCUCUACCUCAGCAACCCGUCAGGCAACUACGGCGGGUGGAAGGCGACAAGCUCGGGCGCCAACCACGCCAGCGCCCAGAGUCUUUUGAAGCAAGAUUACAAGGAGGAUUGCACGUUGGAAGAGGCCUGCGGUAUGGCCGUCAAGGUGCUGAGCAAGACGAUGGAUUCCACCAAGCUUGGCAGCGAGAAGAUCGAGUUUGCGACGGUUGGCCAGACCAAGGACGGCAAGAUUUACCACAGAUUAUGGAGCGCCGACGAGAUCGAUGCGCUACUCAAGAAGCACGACUUGGCCAAGGACGAGACCAAGGAGGAGUAA